GAACUUUCGUUCACAGAUAUUGCGAAAAGGGUCGGAGACCGCUGGCAAGCCCUUUCCUCAGAAGAACGCCUGCCUUAUGAGCGUCAGGCCAUCACAGCCCUAGAGGCAUACACUGCUCAAAUGGCUGAGUACAAGACUACACCCGAAUAUGGAGAAUAUCAGAAAUAUUUAAUGGAGUUCAAAGCCAAGAGGCAACAGGACCAUGAUUAUGACAAUCAUGGAAAGAAACACCGGGAGGAACUAGCACGGCAACAUGAGCCAGCCCUUUCAGGCACGGAUGAAAAUAUUGAUUACUUGAAUCAGCUAGCGGAAUUCCAUAAACAGCAUGGUGGCAGCCUCGAUCGAUUCCCGAGCGUGGAUAAACGACCUUUGGAUCUGUUCAAGCUCAAAAGGGCCGUCGAAAUGCGCGGUGGAUUUUUCGAAAUAAGCAAGCAGAAGACGUGGGCCGAGAUUGGAAGAGAUCUGGGCUACAGCGGCAAGAUCAUAUCCUCGCUUUCCACAUCACUUAAGAACUCAUAUCAAAAAUGGCUCCAUCCUUACGAGGAAUAUCUCCAAACUUUGAAAAUACGCCAAGCCGUCAUCAACGAGGAAGAUGGAGGCACCAUCAAGUGCAUCUGCGGCUUCUUGGACGAUGUCGGGUCUGUUAUUUUGUGCGAAAUGUGCGACAGAUCGCAGCACAUAGUCUGCUACUAUGAGAACCGUGACGUGCCCGACAUCCACGAGUGCGUAGACUGCUCACCCAGGCAGGUCGACUCAGAGAAGGCCACUGCACUCCAACGUCAGCUUCGGAAUUUGCCUAAGGCUCUCUCUUCCUUCGGAUUCCGGAUACCAAAGCGGUCUAGGGACAGACACCGAGUCUGCCUGUUCGAUGGGGUCCGUCGGAAGCUCUCUCGGCCUUUCUCAAGACUUUCUCCAAGAGUUUGUUGCUUUCUUCGGAGAUGUGCUCAUCGAGAGAGCAGGCGCACGAAAUUGAGCGGAACACGCCCUUGCGCAACAAUCUCCAGAGGUCAUUGAGAAGAGACUCAGUUUGCUACUCAAAGACUACGCCAUAGAAUUAUUACAGACAAAGGAUAUCCUCGUAGAAGAUUACUUGAAGAACAGGACCCCCGCUCGAGCCAUAGGAACAGAUGUACGA